CCAUUCAUCAGAUGGAUAGCGCUGCCUAAAUCACGUGAAUUUGGGGAAUAGAAUGUGAAAUAAAUACAGUUUGUUGUGUCAGAUCUCUACAAGAAGGAACAAUGGCGAACGUCAUGCUGUAUAACGUGAUUGUGAUGGGGUUUUCGUUUAUGUUCCUCUUUACAGCCUUCCAGACCAGUUCAGGAAUAGAGCAAACGGUGAUUGAGAGCAUUGAUUAUGACAAUCCUUCGGAACAUUUUGGUGGGAGUGGUUAUUACAGCCAAGCCAUCAUCUAUGGGGUCUUUGCUUUCUCCAACUGGUUAGCACCAUCUGUUGUUAGCUUGAUAGGACCUCGAGUUACGAUGCUUGUUAGCGCUGUGGUCUACACUGGGUUCAUUGCUAUCUUCCUUCAACUCAAAAUAUGGAGUUUGUAUAUGAUGUCAGUGUUUCUGGGAUUUGCUGCAGCAUGCAUCUGGACAGCUCAGGGUAACUUCCUGACCAUUAACUCGACCAGUGAGACUGUGGGUCGUAACAGUGGAAUCUUCUGGGCCAUGUUGCAGUGCAGUCUACUCUUCGGAAAUCUCUUCAUCUUUUUUGAAAUCGGUCAGACAAAUACAACACACAUAGAAGCACUUCAGCGGCAAACCAUCUUCAUUGUGUUGACAUCAGUGUCUGGUAUCGGUGUGCUUAUGUUUCUACUGCUUCGUAAUCCAAAACAACAUCAGGAUAACUCGAACCAAGACAUCCAAGUUGUCAGCCAAGAUGCUGAAGUCAAACGAGGUCCUCUUGAGGCAUUAAUCAGCGCAUUUAAACUUCUUAAAAAGCCGCACAUGCUUCUGUUAAUGGUAUGCUUCUUCUACACUGGUCUUGAGCUGACAUUUUUUAGCGGUGUUUACGGUACAAGUGUUGGCAAUACCCACCUGUUUGGGCUGAAGUCUAAGAGUUACGUUGCCCUGUGUGGAAUUUUCAUUGGAUGUGGAGAGAUAUUUGGUGGAGCUACCUUUGGAUUGUUGGGGAACCGAACCAAUAAGUUCGGUCGUGAUCCCAUUGUACUCCUAGGCUUCAUCACUCAUAUCAUAGCUUUCUAUUUUUGUUUUAUCAACCUACCCUCCGAGGCACCUAUCAAAGAUGUUGAUGUACAAGGUUAUUUUCCUCCAAAACUGGCCCUGGCACUAGUCACAGCUUUCCUUCUAGGCUUUGGUGAUAGUUGCUUUAACACUCAAGUGUAUUCCAUCCUGGGAUAUCUCUUCUCCAAAGACAGCUCCCCUGCCUUUGCACUCUUUAAGUUUACACAGUCACUUGCUGCAGCGAUUGCCUUUUUUUACGCCAAUCAACUGAUGCUCCAAUGGCAGCUGUUAAUCCUGGUGGUCUUCUCCGUGUUGGGUACGCUCAGCUUUGCUAUGGUAGAGUGGACAGCAAGCAGGAAGUUCCGAGAAGGUUAUGAAUCUAUCUAGCAUGAGGAAGACUCACUGAAACAAAGCUCGGAUUCCUCAACGGAUGACACUAAUCUGUAAAGAUAUGGUACAACCAUAAAGUUAACUAUAAGAAAAAGAGGGUUCAUUUGCCUAUGUACGCUG